UCUCUCAUCUCUCCUCUUCUAUGUUCUCUGUUGCGUAAUUUUAGGUUUUCUCUAAUUUUCAUGCAUUUUCAUGCAAAUAAAUGGAACAAGUGUUUAAAAAUUAUAAUUGAGAAGUUUUUGUAAGAAAAAGAGAGUUAAUUUCUUUAAAUGAGCAGAUUAUUUUUGAAGGAAAUUUUCUCAAAGCAGCAAAAGCGAUUGUUAUUGGUUAAUACUUGACUUAAAAGCGAUGAUUGAGAUAGCCCAAAUGCAACUUAUACUGGACUUCCUAGCUGCAAAUAAUAAAGGUCAAAGCGUAAUAAAGGAGUCUGAAGAUUUCAUUUUGUACACAAAGGAGGUCACGGGUCGAAGUGCCAGUGCGAAGUAUUUAAAAUAAAUUAAAUGUCAUGGUUACUUAAUUAAUUCCCCUUUUGAUUAUUAUUUUUAAAAAGGUGCUCAUUUUAACUAAUAAAAAUAAUGAUUGAAGCGAAGCUGAAGCCUGAUAGCUCAUUAGCAGUAUCUGAACUUAUAAUAUCAUCCUGUUCUGGUGCUGUGUUGACUUCCUUUUUCGUAACUCCUUUUGAUGUUGUUAAAACACGACUUCAGGUUCAGAUUAAAGAAGGAAAAGCAGUAAAGUCAUUAUGCACUCCUUAUAAUUGUCUUUGGGAUGAUUUAUGUUACAAUGGUAAAUGUGUUUCACAUUGUAAAAUGCAUUUCAAAGGUACAGUGGAUGCUUUUAUAAAAAUAACAAAGUAUGAAGGAAUUUCCUCUUUAUGGAGUGGUCUUGUACCAACUUUAUUUAUGUCAGUUCCUUCCACUGUGAUUUAUUUUACAUUGUAUGAUAAAUUUAGAGAGAAAUUAGCACAUAGUACUAGUCUACCUAAAGAAAUGGAUUUUUGGAUUCCAGUGUUUGCUGGAGUUUCUGCUCGAGCUGGAACUGUUACUGCAGUGAGCCCUAUUGAAUUUCUGCGCACAAAAAUGCAAUCAGAAAAAAUUGAUACCUUUAGACUUUAUGAAAAUAUAAAAGAAUUGAUAAAGAAUAAAGGAAUACUUUCACUUUGGAGAGGAUUGAUACCAACUUUAUUACGUGAUGCACCAUUUUCAGCUAUAUAUUGGUCCGUGUAUGAACAACUGAAACUUCAUCAAGAUCAUCCUAGCAUAUUGAAGACUCUCAUAUUUGGAGCAUUGUCAGGGAGUGUUGCAGCAACUAUCACCUUACCAUUUGAUGUCAUAAAGACAAUUCGUCAGUCAGACCUAGGGAUUGCUGUUCAUCAUUCAACAAAUAAAGGAAGUAUGUUAGCAGUAUUAAAGAAUCUCUAUUUGAAAGGAGGAAUAAAUUCUUUAUUUGCUGGUUUAGUUCCAAGACUGAUGAAAGUAGCUCCAGCAUGUGCAAUAAUGAUAACCUCAUAUGAAAUGGGAAAAACCUAUUUUUUGAAGAAAAAGAAUAAUACUGUUGAUAAAUGAAUUUAUGAAAUGUUUCUUAAAUAAUAACAGAAUAAGCAAAAUAACAUGUUAAUUAAAGAAUUGUUUGCUUUUAUCUGAAAAAACUGUAUUUUUUUAGUGACAUCAUUUAUUUUAUUAGAUUUCACUAUUUUUUUGUUCAGUUUUCCUUAUAUUUAAUUAUUAGAUGACAGAUUUUUAAAGGUGUCUAGAAUCUAUUCUCAAAUAACUGUGUCAGAAUUUAGAUAUGUAAUAAAUUAGAAACAACGAAUGAAAAGUAUAAUAUUUUUUAUAAUACAUUCUAUUUAUAGUUUUCAUGCAUAAAUUUUUUUAUUAAAGGAAAUGAAGUUUUAUUGACAUGAUACAGUGUUUUCAUCAUAGAAAAGAAAUGAGUGAGAAUUUCUCACCCUUUCUCAAAAACAGGGUGAGAUUUCAAGAUGUUAAGUGAGAUUUCUAAAAACUAAAAAAACACAAAAACUCGUGAAAAAAAAUCAUUUCUUUAAUUAUAAUACAUUUUAAACGUCUUCUAUUUUUUAAAGCAUUGAAUAUUUUUGGUGCAUCAUCAUAGAAGAUUUUGCCUUUACAAGGUAUUUGUCCCUCUAACAUUAAUACAUAAAAAAUUUGAACGUCUUACAUGAAGAAACCUUACCUACCGUAAGCACGUGGUUGCAGAGAAAUGUGUUCUGAAAGGGGUUCCGUGGUUGUGUUCUGUUGUUCGAAAAGGUUCUGAACAAUACUGGUAAAUAGGGAAGCUAGAUAACGGGGCAGAUGUUGAAGAUAGUGAAAGAUCCAGGAAGGGAAGUGAAACUGAUUUUAUUCUAAAUGGCGUAAUUCGAAGCUUUUUCCAAAAUGUGAGAAAUUCGCGAAAUUUGAAAUUGAUUUAUGGAAUGCGCGAAUUUCUCGUCGUAAUAACUUCUUAAUGCGACAAAAGAAAAAAAUAUGCGAGAUUCUCGCUUUCUCGCGCUGAGGUGAAAACACUGUGAUAUAAUGAUAUUACUGCUGUAAUAUAUUUACAACGUGUGAGACAGUCUUUCAGAGUGAACUUAUAUACAGUUUUUCAGUAAGACAGAACUGUAUAUAAGAUCAUUCUUUAAAUUGUGUGCACAUAGUCAAUUAUUUUUAUUUGCAAAAUGAAACCCUUUCUUUUAAACAUUUUGUUAUGAUUUUCAUGUUGCUUUUUAAAAUAUUUAUAUGGAUUUAAUUUCCAUGACUGUUGGCUAAUUUGUUGUUUCUGUAAAAAGGCUAAAAUUACAUUUUGGUUUGGUUGGUUUUUGUUAUGCACAGCAAAGACUAAGGUGUCUUAAUAUAUUGUUUUGAUCUAUAUAUUUUACUGUAAUUACAAAAAUAUCGCCCUUGUAAAUGCUAUAUAUUUUUUUAACUGUAAAUUUCUGAUUCACACUAAUCCAUUUAAAAAGUUUCUUAAACCUAAUUUUUUUUAACUAUUUAGAUAAAAGUAGGCUUUUAUAUCAUCAUUUAAUGCUCCAAGUUAUAGUGUGCAAUCUCGUACUUUUUUGAAGUAUUACAUUGAGGCAGAGGUUUACACUAAAUCAUAACUUCUUCUAUAAAUUUCCGCAAUGGUACUGCUAUAGAUAUACAAAUAGUAUGUAGACAAUAAAUUGGUUUUCAUUCAAUUGUGAUAAAACUCCUAUCAGUAUUCCUAAAUUAUAAAUUUAUAGUUGUAGUAAAAUUUGUAGUUAUAUGUCAUUCUUAUCUCAAAAAAUAGUAGGUGGUUCAGAAAAAAAGUUCAAGUAUAAAUUGUAAGGUGUAAUCUUUUUUUUUGUAUGAAAACACUUUGUGCACAUUACAGGGCUUGGCUUCAAGGCCUGCUAUCAGGCCUGUUAAAACAUCUGUAAAUAAAAUUCUGAAUUAAAAUAUGUCUAAUUUUGUUCUUCAUAUUUUACAGAAAUAAUUUUUUAAAACGAAUCCUCUUGAGAAUUUUUAGUCUAGUCAGACCCUUUAACAAACUCACAAAAUAAAAUAAUUGUAUUACUAAAAUAAUUGUAUGUUUUUCAGCUCUUUUUUUUCUCAAAAGAGCAAAACUAUUGACUAAAAGCCUAACAUGUUAAUGUUGAAAAAAAUGUGUAAUAGUUUGACAAAAGUAAUUUUAAAUGGGAUCUCAUAAGACUUUGAUCACAAGUUUUUUUAUGAUCAAUAAAAUCAUGUAUGUUUUAUUAUUUUGUUUGACAAAUCGUUAUGAAAAUAUAUUUGAUAAUAAAUAAAAAUCUUUUAUCAUACAUACUGAUUUUUAUAUAGUGUUGGAAUGUCAUCCAUUUAAAAAUAUUCGAUAAGUUGGAGGUAUUUAAAUCUGCGGGAAAAUUUUGCCCCCAUUGAUAACAUGUCUCAAAACUAAAUAAAUAAUCAGUAGUAGUUUAAAAUAACUUAAUGUAUAUUUGUAUAAAGUAUUUUUUUAAAGUAAAUUAAGACAUAAAAGGAAAUAAUGAAUAAAUAUACUAUAUUGUAAGCACUGGUACUUAUAUUGAAAAUAAUAAAAAAAACAGCAUACUAUUUGAAUUGCAAAAUAAUUUCUUUUCAUGUCACUUUUUGCAUAAUUUCACAUUUUAAUGUAGAAGUCUAUAAUGUUUGAUUAUUUGUUCACCUUUUCAAAUUGUAUAGCACACCAAAUUGUAUUCUCAAAAUGCCUUUUUUAACAGCUAAUGUUGUACCUCUGUCAGACUGUUGUACCUCAUUUAAAGCUUAGAGAGGAUCCACAACAUCAUCAUCAUUGUUGUCUUCCAUAUGAACAUGAAUUCUGAGAAGAUGGAACAUGUUCAUUAGAAACAGUUUCUGUUUCUUCUUCAUAUUCGAUGAAUUCUAUAACUUCAUCUUGCGUCAUUUGAAGUUUUUUUGCAUUCUUUGGGUUAAAAAACUUCAUAGUCAUAAAUUACAGUCUCUGUGUCCCAGUCAUCUUCCUUUCUUUGUUUGAUAAAUCUUGCUUUCCUGAAUCUUUUUUAUGACAGAAGAUGAAAUGGGUGAGGUUAGUUUUUACUGGGAAUAACACCCUGAAAAAGUGAGGUGUGAUGUAGGUCAUUAUAUCGUAAACCCAAACCCCCCUGCUGACCUUACUCUUUUGACACUCACAGAGAGCGAUGAUAAAAUUCAAAGACUUUUUUUCAUAGAAUGGUGUCUUCCACUCAAUAAGAUUUAACCUCUAUUACAAUUCAGCAGAAGGUGUUCUGCAGGUAAAUAUCUAAAAAGGAAAUGAGUAAGUCUCAAAGGAAAUUAGCGCUGCUGGAAAUGACAGAAUUUUUUAUUUUAUUUGGGUGAGCUAUUUCAGAUUGUCUGUACCAUAUUUAAGAUUAAUCUAAAAACUACUCUUAUUUAAUUUAUUGGUAUUUUUUUUACAAAAAUAUUUGUAAAACCUUAUCAGUACUUAUUGCAUGAGGAAAAUAUUUGAUUAAGUGGGGCUCUUUGUUACAUCUAUAGGAAAAUGCUCGGUUCCAGAAAGUUUGAUUCUUAUAAGUGUGGUAUUCAUUUUUCUGUUAUUAUGUUACAGUCACACUGAUAUUUGUUAGCAAUGAAAUGAUGAGGUAAGAAAUUUUUUAACUAUACAGAUCUCCCAUUGCAAAAUGAUGUUACUUUAAAAAUCAAAUAUAUUUGUAGUUUGGACUUUUUGUUAAUAUGAGGUUUCGAUUUCUUUUGUCGCAGAAAAGAAAAGAAAAUCCAAUUUUUCUAAAGUACAAAUAAUUUAAAUUAUCAAAUAUAACACUUAUUAUAAUGAAUUACUAAGUAAUUCAAAGCAAUUAAUUCUACUAAUUAUUAAUUUUUGAAGUCUAGUUUUAUCUCGAUUUUCUUGUCUUGACUCAACCUAUUUGCUGAAAUGUGAAAUUUAGAAAUUUUCAAAUUAAGAGUUAAUCAUUUCUUGCAUGUGUUGAUGAAAUUAUGUCUGUUGUUUUAUGUUUAAUUAAUUUCUUACAUCAUAAUGCUUUCCUAUCAAAUGUCUUCUUAUUGUUUUAAAUAAAAUGAGACAUAUGUUUUAUAUUUAAAAAAGUAAAUGCAAAAAUAAGUUAUACAUUCGUUUGAGGAAUCUUGAUGCUUUUUUUCUGAAUGUUUUAAACAUUGAAUAGUCCACAUACAUUUAACAGUGUAUAUUUAAGGAAAGUGAAGCUUAUGUUUUUAAUUUGAAACUAAUUUAACAUAAAAUAAAAAUAUAUUUUGUUAUUUAUAAAACAAUGAAUAAAACUAAAAAUUUGUAGUACAAGCAGUUCUAUUUGCAAUUUUGAGUUUUACAAUUAUUCAGUUCUAAAGAUGAUCAGCACUGUUUCUGCAUGUGUGAAUUGUUUCUUUCCUGUUGUUCUAUUACUUGCAACUGAAGUUUCAACGAUAAAAUAUUUAAAUUG